GCCGGAAACACUCGGACUUUUGUUUUGGAAAGCUGCUACCCAGCGGCCGCCAUUAUUCUUCCUGGCUUGACUGUCGGAAGAAAGGCAUUUAAUGACUUUUAAACAUUAUAUUUGGGGCUAAACUACAACACCGUGAGUGUAUCUGUGUAGUCGGUGCACAUUCUCAUGAAGUAGGGGAACCCACGCGGGCACAGGAUGGAGAAACGGUCCGAUACCACAGGUGCCCUCCCCCUCUCCUCCCUCCGCCUCAUGGCCUCCCCCCUGCAGCUCACCUACUCGUACAUCUGGCAGGUCAUCCGGCAGAGAAACGUCAAGCAGUACGGGAAAGUGGAGGAGUUUGUUACCAUGGUGACGCAAACUGUCCCCGACCUCAUCAGCUUCAAGCAGACGGCGCAGCUCGUCCUGGGGUUGAGAGCCAGGAUCAUUUUGGAUUUGCUUCAAAAGGACGGCCCACCGGAUUCUAAAGCCAUUCAAACGCUCAUAAAUAAGCUGAAAGUCUUAGCGAAGGACCCAGAGGUGGAGAAAUCCCAAACGAACUUCAUGGUGCUUGUGCAGAACCUGCUCAAAAACCCAGCAGAAAAAAAGCGCUUCUUCCAGGAAGUGUUCCCCGUUCACUACGGGACGAAGUUCGACGUGGCGCUGCAGGCUCUCACCGCAGGUCUGGUCUGCAAGCUGGAGCAAGUUCUUCCUGUUCCCAAUCUCUCCCAGCUCGGCUCCAUGCUCUCCGCCGAGCCCUCGGUGCUGGAGGCCUGCGGCGGAUUCAUCCCCGACAGCCGGGACCUGAAGACCCUCCUCCUGCACCAGCAGGCCAAGGGGCUGCUGGGUAUUAAAGCAACUAUCUCGUCCUCCGUGGGAAACUGCGUCCUCUCUUCACUCGCCUUCCGACCCAAACCAGUCGAGCCACCUCCGCCUCCGCCUCCUCCACCUCCACCGCCGCCAUCCCCAAAACGUGUAGAAGUAACAACCAAUGAAACGAGCUCAGCCUCCCUCAGUGACGCUGAGGACCUCGGAGUGAUGUCAGACGAUGCUGAAACCCCUGACAUCAGACCACAGGAGACAGGGGGGGGUGCUAACACAGCUGAUGGAGGAGCAGAGAAGGAAAAAAGUGCCGCAAACACCGUUGGGACGGAGGAAUCGGUGCAAAAGAAAAGUACACAGGAACCACCAGGGGAACGGGAAGCAGCGGAUAAACCAGAAGCGCAGCCGGCUCCAAAAGCCAUCCCUUUCCGGGUCGUCUCGAUGCCCGUGAAGUCCACCUCUCAGAGUGCAGCAGCAACAAAAGACGCCCAAAGGCCCAACACUCAUCGGGUCACGCUGCAUCAGUGGGUGUCACAGAUCGCCACCAACUCCCUCUCGCUCCCCGCCCUGCCUCCCCUCCCCCCCGCCCGGCUGAUGUUAGACGACGACUCGAAGCCCAGCAUCAGGAGGAAGAAGCAGAUCCGACCCCCGGCGGACCGAUACACCUGCAGCGUCUGUGACAAGAGCUUCCCGUACCAGUCCAAGCUGAUGGACCACGAGCGCAUCCACACCGGAGAGAAGCCCUUCGUGUGCACCGCCUGCAACAAGAGCUUCAGGACCCAGGCAUUCCUCAACAACCACCUGAAGACGCACAGCACGGCGCGCCCCUACGCCUGCGGGCAGUGUGGGAAGUGCUUCACCAAACUGCAGAGCCUCUCCAAACACAUGCUGGCUCACAGCGGCCAGAAGCCCUUCUACUGCAACAUCUGCAACAAGGGCUUCACGCAGUCCACCUACUUCAAGCGCCACAUGGAGUGCCACACCAGCCAGAUGACGUUCCCCUGCAAGCACUGCAGCAAGAGCUUCCCCACGGCCUUCAAGCUGUCCAACCACGAGCGCUGGCACACCCGAGACCGCCCUCACAUGUGCGAGCGCUGCGGGAAGAGGUUCCUCGUCCCCAGCCUGCUGAAGAGACACAUGGGAUACCACAUCGGAGACCGCCAGUACCUCUGCUCCCAGUGCGGAAAGACCUUCGUGUACCUGUCGGACCUGAAGAGGCACCAGCAGGAUCACGUGCCCAAAGCUAAGAUCCCCUGCCCCGUCUGCCAGAAGAAGUUCUCCAGCAAAUACUGCCUGAGGGUCCACCUGAGGAUCCAUACAAGAGAGAGGCCGUACCGCUGCUCCAUCUGCGAGAAGACCUUCACCCAGGUGGGGAAUCUGAAGGUCCACAUCCGGCUGCACACCAACGAGCGGCCGUUCAGCUGCGACGUCUGCGGCAAAACCUACAAGCUGGCGUCCCAUCUGAACGUGCACAAGAGGACGCACACCUGCAAGAAGCCGUGGACGUGUGAAACGUGCGGGAAGGGCUUCUCCGUGCCCGGCCUGCUGAAGAAACACGAGCAGACGCACACGAGGGACGCUAACCCCGAGUUCGCCGGGAAACGGAGACACCGGGGUAAGCACAAGAAGCACUCGGUCAAGAGGAAGUACGACGAGGAAGAGGAGGCGAGCGAUGAUUAUUAAUCAAAGAAACAUUUCGUAUCUUCUCCACAUAGCUACUGUAUAAUUGUCAUUUUAUAAACGUUUAGUUAGCGUGUGUUAAGCCACCAUGGUGGUUAAGGUAGUGAAAACACAUAUAGAAUAAUGUUAGGAUAUUGUUUUCUGAUCAUUGGAUUUAAAAACUACCAAUUUGAGUUAUGAUGGGUGGUUGGCUCUAACAGUUUCAACAAAUAAAGCCCUUUGUUGUCACUGCUGUGUUUCAUAUAAUCAGGUGAUGUGACACAAUACGUUUAGGAAAUGAUGUUACCCUUAACUUGUGAGAUAGCCUACAAGGGAGUAGUAAACAUUUAAAAGUAUUUUUCAGAGUUGUCAAUCAUUUUCAUUACAAAAUCAUAGGAUGAAAGAAAUGUCAUUUUCCAAACAUUGUACUUAGUCAACGUAGCCAACCCUCAAUGAAUCAUGUAACGAUAUAACGAAGCAUUUCAACGCAUGUACUUGUAGAUAAUGUGAUAAUAACAUGUUGUAGUCUUUGUGGAAACUGUAGGAACUACUUUUACCACUCACUUUUUUACGUAACCAUGUAAACAGCACAGCUACUCUGCUUUUGUUUUAGACAACAGGCUGGAUAUCAUCUCGUCCAGCAGUAGGUGUGUGUUGUUGCUCUGAUGAUGAUGAUGAUGAUGAUGAAAAUAUGACAAUAUUAUUUUAGCGUGGACACGAUGAAAGCUUUUCAAAGGUUUGAUGAGUUUCUGCUGUGAAUCUUAACUCAAGUCAAUAAGAAUAUAUACCUGUUUUUGAUGUUUUGCAGAAAAAUAAACACACAUAGCAAAGAA